AUGGAUGAGUUGAGGAACGCCAUUAGGGGGAAAACAUACCAAAACCUGGAUAGAAUGGUCAGGACAACGAAUUUACCUUUCACCACGGCAGUCUUGGAAUGCCAUAUGCCGUUGAAAUUUCAAUUGCCUCAACUUGAGCCAUUUGACGGACUUAAGGACCCCCUAGACCACCUCAAUACCUUCAAGAAGACACUAGGCCUUCAACAACCUCCUAACAAAAUACUGUGUCGUUCCUUCCCCACUACUCUCAAAGGAGCUGCAAGGGAGUGGUUCACAAAGUUACCAACAUCGUCCAUCAACAACUUCGAGCAAUUGAGCAACACCUUUUUGCGCCACUUCGUCGAGGGACAACGCCCGAAGAGGCUAGCAAACCACUUACUCACCAUUAGACAAGGGGAGAAAGAAAUCCUAAGGUUGUACAUGAAACGCUUUACUCAAAAGACUCUAGAGGUAGACGAAGCUAACAACAAGGUGCAGUUGACAACCUUUAAAGCGGGAUUAAAGUCCAGAGAGUUCAUGGUUUCACUCGCAAAGAAUCCUCCUAAGACGAUGGCAGAGAUGCUCCUGAAGGCGCAGAAGUACAUGAAUGCUGAAGAUGCUUUAGCUGCCAUAAAGGGCGAGGAAAAGCCAGGAGACAAAGGAAGGAAGGAAGACGAUCAUAGAGGACGAAAAAGGGAGUGCCCAGGUCGUCAGACUAGUGACAGGAGUAAAAGGAAAGACAAAAAAACUCAUUAA